UUCCAAAUGGGAUACCCAGAAGGGCGAGGCUUUCACAUAGUACCAUACAUAGUAAGUACACCUUUAACAAACCACGUAAAGAUACCUACCUACCUAGUUCCAUCACAUAUAUUCUACUAUACUUUACUUUACUAUACUAUACUAUACUAUACUAGUCCCGAAACCUGAUCCCAUCCCUACUAGUCCAUAACUCCGUAGUGACUGACUGACUGACUGACUUCAUCAGCAUCAGCAUCACAUCACAUCACAUCCAGCAUCGUG